UGUAGGUAUAUAGGUAAGCUGAAGUCAAAUGUCCGUAACAAAGCUCGUCCCGAAGGAUCUAUCGCUGAAGCAUUUUUGGCAGAUGAGUGCAUGACAUUCUGUUCAAGAUAUAUUGUCGGUUUUGAGACCAAACAUAACUUGCCCUCGCAGAACGAAGAUAACGACGAGUGGGUUGGGCAUCAUGAUAUUGCACAUGGAUCAAGAUUAUUUCCACAUUCUGGCAAUCCACUUGGAAAGCCUAGGAAUUAUGUACUGAGCGGUGUGGCAAAAGUACAGGCACAUAGAUAUGUCUUGUUCAAUUGCUCUGAUGUGAAUUCAUACCUUAGGGCUCAUGCUGAUGAGAUCACUAAUGGACGCAAUUUAAACCCUGAUGUUGUCGAGAGGAUUCAAAAUGAUAAGUUCCACGAAUGGUUCCAAGCUCAUCUAAGUGCCAUAUUUUGCAUAUACUAUACACGUAUCACUACAUUUAGUUGUAAUCAAAUUCUAAAUAUUCAGAUAAAGAAAUUGGAGAAGGAAAAUGGCAUCCACAACAUUGAAAAGGAUAUUAGAUUGCUCGCCCGGGGCCCAGUUAAUGCAGCCAAAAGAUAUUGCGCUUUCAACUCCCAAGGCUACCAUUUUAGGCCUAAAUGCUUGGAUAAAGAGACACAAAAUAGUGGAGUCAUGGUAACUGCAAAAACUUCUAGUUAUGCUUCAGCACAUGAUGCCAAUCCUGUUUUACGUGAUGUGACGUACUACGGGAGGGUAAUUGAUAUUGUCGAGCUAAACUACUCUGGACAGUUUUCAGUGGUGUUGUUUAAAUGUGAAUGGGUUAAUGUGUUCUCAGAAACAGGAAUGAAAAAAGACAAGUACGGUUACACACUUGUCAACUUCUUACAUCUAAUACACAAAGGAGAAAAGAUUGAGCAUGAGCCUUUUAUUUUCCCUAACCAGGCGAAUCAAGUGUUCUAUGUGGAAGAUGAAUUGAAUCCAGGUUGGUCUGUGGUAAUGAAGUUGCCAAAGCCUAGAGAUGUAUAUGACUUAGGCAACUUGGAAUGGGAAGCGCAGACAGAAAAUGAGCCAUUCCAUGUUUCACAGCUUGGAGAGAGUUUGAAAAUAAAGAACAAUGAAGAACAUUGGGUUAGAACAGACGUUGAGGGGACAAUAGUGGAUGCUAAUAAUGCUUCGAGCAACGAAGAAUAACUGAGGUUCAGACUGCAUGCUACAUGGAGGCAUGGAGGGGGUGGUCGGCUGUGUGCUUUGUGUUAGUACAAAACAGCCUACUCUUUUCUGCUUGCUGGCUUUCUGCUGACUACUUGACCAACUUGCUUGGUGAUAUACUGCUGUGUGAGACCAUGUGUUGGUCAAAACAUAGUAUACUCUUAUAUUCAUGCUUGGUAAUUCGGUCAGCUGCGACACCACAUGCUUGUUUGGAACAUCAUUUUGUACUUUGGUCAACAACAGUUCAAAAUUGAGAUACA